UGAUCUGCGCUUCGUGCAAUCUCGUGUCCCUGAAUUCGUGGUAUUUCGAUAUACUCCGAUUGCAUCGAUGUAUACUGAUUGACGAGGAAUUUUUGUAGUCAUGAGUCACUGUUUCUCAUUUUGCGCACAACCAGCCGUACGCAAUUUUCGGGGUGCCGAAAGACAUUCAAAUAAUUGCAUCUUAGAGUUGCUCUAAGGAUACAUCAAUGACUAAAGACAAAAAGUUGAUCCUGCAUGCUGUGCACUGUGUACCAACGUACUGUGUAUCCGCAACACCUGCACUGUACUUUUUUAUUAUUUUUGCCAAAUAUAUCACAUUCGUAAUAAAAAUAUAAACAUGGCUGCCUAUAUCAAUCGUACCAUGGUACAAUCGACCAUGAUUGGCGGGGACAGCCAGCUUCGAUCAGAUGCUAGAAAUGAUAAUUCUCCUCUACAGAUCUUUGUUAAGGCAAAGAAAAGGAUAAAUGAUGUAUUUGUGGAAAUAGAAAAAUAUGUGGAGGAAACUGUGGAGUUUAUGACAUCAUUACAAAGUGAUCGCGAUAUUGUAACCGUGGAAGAAGCAGUAAAGGUCAAAGCUUAUAUAGACAAAAUACGAGCGAUAAAAGAUGUUCUUAAAAGAGAUCAUAUGAAAGUUGCCUUUUUUGGCAGAACAAGUAAUGGAAAAAGUACCGUAAUUAAUGCCAUGCUACACGAUAAAAUUUUACCGAGCGGUAUAGGCCACACUACAAACUGUUUCUUACAAGUUGAAGGUUCAGAUAAUGGAGAAUCAUAUCUUGUUACGGAAGAAUCCACUGAAAAGCAACCAGUUCAAUCUGUUGGUCAAUUGGGUCACGCUCUUUGCAAAGAGAAGUUGUGUGAAAGCAAUUUAGUAAGAAUAUUUUGGCCGAAAGAAAAAUGCUUAUUACUAAGAGACGAUGUAGUGUUUGUCGAUAGUCCAGGAGUAGAUGUAACCCCAAAUCUUGAUGAAUGGAUUGAUAAACAUUGUUUGGAUGCAGACGUAUUUGUUUUAGUAGCAAAUGCUGAAUCUACCAUAAUGGUUACUGAAAAAAAUUUCUUUCAUAAAGUUUCCACAAAAUUGUCAAAACCAAAUAUAUUCAUUUUAAAUAAUCGAUGGGAUGCCUCUGCUUCUGAACCAGAGUAUUUUGAUCAGCUGGCCAAAGAACAAAAGGAGGUAAGAGCACAACAUCAAGAACGUGCUGUCGACUUUUUAUCGAAGGAGUUAAAGGUCUACAGUCCAAAAGAUGCUGAGGAACGUGUCUUUUUUAUUUCUGCAAAAGAAACUCUUCAGGCUCGCAUGCAAGAACAACGUGGACAACCUGCUCAUAAUGGUGCGCUAGCAGACGGUUUUCAAAACCGAUAUUUCGAAUUUCAAGAUUUUGAAAGAAAAUUUGAAGAAUGCAUCUCAAAGUCUGCAGUAAAAACUAAAUUUGAACAACACUCUCAGCGUGGCAAACAUAUCGCAACGGAAAUACGUCAAGCAUUGGAUGAAAUAUUAGAACGAACUCAAAAAAUGCGAAGUGAACAAUUAAAUGUCAAGAAAGAGGUUCAUGACAAAUUGAAUUUCACAGAGCAACAGUUAAUGCUGUUAACUCAAGAAAUGAAGGAUAAAAUUCAUCAUAUGGUGGAAGAUGUAGAGCAAAGGGUUUCUAAGGCUUUAAAUGAAGAAAUUCGGCGAUUAGCCGUUUUAAUAGAUGAAUUUAGUGUACCGUUUCAUCCUGAACCACUCGUUUUGAAUGUUUAUAAACGGGAACUUCAUACUCAUGUUGAACAUGGCUUAGGAUCAAAUUUACGAGCCAGACUCAGCACUGCUUUAGCAUUGAACAUGGAAAGCUCGCAGCGGGAAAUGACCGAAAGGAUGUCAGGCCUGUUACCCGAAAACAAAAGACAAAUGUCGCUUAAUAUUUUACCACGACGCGAACCGUUUGAAAUACUUUACCGACUUAAUUGUGACAAUUUAUGCGCAGACUUCCAUGAAGAUCUAGAAUUUCGUUUUUCUUGGGGUUUUACAGCAAUAAUUAACAGAUUCGCAGGAAGGCAGAGUCAGAGAUUAGCUAUUGCUAAUUAUCCACAAGAGAUUCCGCCAUGUAUCACAUCACCUGCGGAUAGCAUCGAUUCUAUCAAAUUUGUUUCAAGUACAUCAAACUUUCCACCAAGAUCUGAUGACUGGUCAUUAGCCACUCGUAUAGCAGUGGCAUCUGUAACAUCGCAGGGUACAAUGGGUGGCCUUAUUGUUGCUGGCUUUAUGUUAAAAACAGUAGGAUGGAGAUUAAUUGCUAUAACUGGUGCUAUAUAUGGUGCUUUGUAUCUCUACGAGCGUCUAACGUGGACUAAUAACGCGAAGGAACGUGAAUUUAAACGACAAUAUGUUUCACAUGCUACCAAAAAACUGCGAUUGAUUGUGGAUCUUACUUCUGCAAAUUGCAGUCAUCAAGUACAACAGGAGCUCUCCAGCACAUUCGCACGGCUCUGUCAUUUGGUAGAUGAAACAACAUCCGAAAUGGAUACCGAACUUAGAACUAUAGCGAAUACUUUAGCUGUAUUGGAGAAAGCAGCAGCUAAGGCAAAGCAUCUUCGAAACGAAGCCAACUUUUUAAUAAACGAGCUCGAUACCUUCGACGCAGCUUAUUUGAAACCUUUGAAUUAAGUGAACCUGUUUUGUACAUGUUAAUGAAUUUAUUGAAGUAGUGUAAUAGUUUCGAAGGAAUACUUGUAUGUGACGUAGUUGUUGAAAUAUCUGUAAUAUUUUGUUUUAGUGAAUUAAUAAUUAACAUCGUAUGUGACAAUUGAAUGAUAGACGUUUAUAUGCAUAGAUAUAGAUUCAUAUUCUGAUAAUUUAGUACGGUUAUCUAACCGUCUAUUUACAUGAAAAAAUGAUUUUUGUAUUAGAUAAAUCAAAUAAGAGAAAUGGACAGUGGUAUUUAAAUUUACGCAAACAAUAUAAUACACAAUAAUCUUUUAAAGAGCAUUAUUUAUACAAGGAUUGUUUCUACCUGAUAAACUCUAGUCCUAAUAUGCAGGAAAAUCUGUUCCUUAAAGUAAAUCGUAUUAACUAACUUUAUUAGUAGUAACUGUUCUUUUUCAACAGAAAAUUUUAAAAACUGUAGUUGUUACACAAGAGAGAGAUGAAUUUAAAAAAAUUUAUAUAUAUGCAUAUUUCUUACUUUCGGAAACAUUGUACCACAUUGAAUAUCCUUUAACGAAACUUCUUAUAUGCUUAUGUCAGAUUUAUUACAGGUAUAUAUCAUCUGAUUUACUUACAAAAAUCCAGUAUAUAUAUAUAUACAUAUAAAACUUUACCUUUUUAUUAGACUUUACUGAAGAAUGUAUGUGAUGUACAACUAUGAAUAAAUAUGGUUAAAUAUUAUGAAUAA